AUGGAAGUCCACAAGAAAAUGCUGGCCAAGAAGCUUAAGGCUCUCUACAAGAUCCUUGAGCACCUAGACCCUCACCUCUACCUGUCUCUCACCACCCGCUACUGCGAUGAUCUUAAGCGCCCCGACCAUGACAUCGUCGAGUUGAUUGUGCCUGAGGAUGUCGGUCGUUUCAUCAAGGCCGGCGAGUCCAUGACCGAAGCUCAAAGACAUGAGGCUGGCAUCGACCGCCUGCUCACCACCAAUGAGCACCUCCCUCAGCCCUGCGCCUAUAACCCUGUCAGAACCCUUGGAGACCUAAGAAAGUUGCUGAAGUUGGGCUUUGUUCGCAAGCCCGAGAGUCCCAGGUGCCAGAAGUGGGACGAGUGCACGUAUGGAGAGCUCAAGGGCCAUGGCUUCAUUACCCAGUUGACCCUCGAGGACUUCCGCUGGGCUGUUGGUGAGGCUUGGGGUCCUGCUAAGGCCUGA